AUGGCCGACAGUGCAUUCGAUCCAAGCGCAGCAGCAGCGAGGCAGCGUCGUAUGGACCUUCGUCGCAAAAAGGCGACCACACCAAGCGGUCUGAUCGUGUGUCGCAAGCACCUAGGCGUGGGUCUGCUCCCUCAGAAGCGCGACACAAGCGACGACUCCAGCACCAACUCCUCCCUCUCCUCCUUCCCCCUCUCCCCCUCCUCCAUCUCCCCUCCCCACUCUAACCCCAACUCCUCCUCCGAUCCCAUCACCGCCGCCGCCUACACCGCCCUCCGCACCAAGUUCCGCCGGAGCCAGUUCCGCCGCCCGCGCAAGGGCAAGGGAAACUCCGCCUCCGCCGAGGGCUCGUCCGGGUCGAAGUCUCCGCGAGGGGUGAAUGGGCAAGAGGGGGACGGGGGAGGCGGGGGAGACGGGGGAGAGGACGAGGAUUCGAGCAGUGAUUUGUCGUCGGAGACUAGUUCCAGCGGCACGACAAGCAGCGGCGAGGGGAACGACGCGGAGGUGGACGCUGCGCUCUCAGUCGCUGCGAGUUUGCUGCAGGAGGAGACGAAGCUUCAGAGCCUGGGGAUGGAUGGGGUCGCAGGGGCGGGCGGCGCGGCAGCGGACGCUACGGCGUUCGUGCCGCUGCCUCCGCGCGUUAUUCCGCCCAGCACGUGCAGCGGGGCGAAGAUCAAGGGCGCGCCGGCGGACGAAUGUCCGGGGAACGGGGUGCUGUCGGUAUGCGGGCGGCGGCGGGAGAUGGAGGACGCGGUGUCGAUGGUCCCCGCGUUCGCGCUCGUGCCUUGCGCCAGCCGCGCGGGGUGCUCGCUCGCGGGGAGCGAUUCGUGCGGAGGACAGGGCGCGGACGACCCGCAGUGCCAACUGCACAUGUUCGCCGUGUUCGACGGCCAUGGCGGCAGCCAGGCCGCAAAUUUCCUGUCGGCGCACAUGGCCACGGCGCUAGCAGAAGAGCUCUCUAUCACGCUCUCAGGUAUCGAGCCCCUUCCCCCCGUCACGCCCGACGCUGCUGCUGCUGCUCCUGCUGCUGCUCCUGCCGCCGCCACAGGCGCGCAGCAGGCAGGCGCGGAGGUGGGCGCGGAGGGCGCGCAGAAGGUGGACCCGGUGCUGCACGCGCACUGGCAGCGCGCCAUGGUGCAGUCGUUCGCGCGCAUGGACGCUGAAAUCAGCGGCCACUGCUUCCUCCGCCGCUCCCACUGCCACGGCGCAUCUGGUAACGCGGGCGACGGGGGAACAGGCGCGGAUGGGGGCGGCGGAGGCGGAGGCAUGACCCCCGAGUGCGUGCAUGAGCCACUGGCGGCGGAGACGGUGGGGUCAACGUCUGUGGUGCUGGUGGUGACGGCACACCACCUGGUGGUGGGCAACUGCGGGGACUCCCGCGCUGUGCUGUGCAGGGGUGGCAAGGCUGUGCCUUUGUCCAAGGACCACAAGCCUGAGCGUGAGGAUGAGAUGAAGCGGGUGGAGAAGGCAGGUGGGCGUGUCAUUUUCUGGAAUGGCUACCGAGUGCUUGGAGUGCUGGCCAUGUCACGCGCCAUUGGCGAUCGCUAUCUGAAGCCCUACGUUAUCCCAGAGCCUGAGGUGACUAUCACGGAGCGCCAUCCAGAUGACGAGCUUGUAGUGCUGGCCUCAGAUGGUCUCUGGGACGUUAUCUCCAAUGAGGCUGCUGUUGACAUCGCCCGCCGCUGCCUCGCCCAACGUGGAGGCUCAGGGGGCACAGGGUCGGCCGGAGCUGCCCCUGAGGCGCCUCCAGCUGGUGAUGAGACGGCUGCUGCUGCUGCGGAGACCCUUGCUGCUGCCGGCGCCCAGGGGGAGGAGGAGAUGACCCCGGCUGCUCUGGCUGCUGCUGUGCUGACCAAGCUGGCUCUGGUGCGCGGCAGUGGGGACAACAUCAGUGUUGUGGUUGUGGAUCUCAGGGGAACACGUUCGCCAAAUCGCCCACCCGUCUCCCUUUCCGUCGCGCGUCACGUCGCCAUCUCGUCGCCCGUCCCGUCGCCCUCUUCGUCGCCCUCUCUCCCCUCCUCUCCUCCCGUCGGCCUCUCUCUCGCCCCUCCCUACCGAUCGCCCUCCCGUCGCUCGCCCCGUCGCGCUCUCUCUCUCCGCUCCCUUCCCGUCGCCCUCUCUCUCGCCCCUCCCUUCCCGUCGCGCUCUCUCUCUCCGCGCCCUUCCCGUCGCCCUCUCUCUCGCCCCUCCCUUCCCAUCGCUCUCUCUCUCUCCGCUCCGCCCUCUCUCUCGCUCCUCCUUCGAAUCGCGCUCUCUCUCCGCUCCCUUCCCGUCGGCCUCUCUCUCCGCUCCCUUCCCGUCGCGCUCUCUCUCUCCGCUCCCUUCCCCUCGCCCUCUCUCUCGCCCCUCCCUUCCCGUCGCGCUCUCUCUCUCCGCUCCCUUCCCGUCGCCCUCUCUCUCGUCCCUCCCUUCCCGUCGCGCUCUCUCUCUCCGCUCCCUUCCCAUCGCCCUCUCUUUUGCCCCUCCCUUCCCGUCGCGAUCUCUCUCUCCGCUCCCUUCCCGUCGCCCUCUCUCUCGCCCCUCCUACCCGUCGCGCUCUCUCUCUCCGCGCCCUUCCCGUCGCCCUCUCUCUCGCCCCUCCCUUCCCAUCGCGUUCUCUCUCUCCGCUCCGCCCUCUCUCUCGCUCCUCCCUUCGAAUCGCGCUCUCUCUCCGCUCCCUUCCCGUCGCGCUCUCUCUCUCCGCUCCCUUCCCAUUGCCCUCUCUCUUUCUGCUCCCUUCCCAUCCUCCCUUCUCGCUCGCCUCGAAUAGCCCUCCCGGCGACCUUCGACUCUCCCAUCACGUAUGCCCUCCUUUCUCCGUCGCCUCUCUCGUUCUCCCUCUGCUAUCGCGUCAGCGUGACCCAUUCCGUACUCUGUUAUUGUGUUUGGUUUGUUUGUUUUUUCUGUCUUUCCAUCUAUUCUCGACACCCUCUCUCCCGCCGCCUAUCCUCUCUCCCGUCGCCUAUCUUUUCUCUCGUCGCCCUCCCGUUUCCCGUCGCCCUCCCGUUUCCUGCCCCCCUCCCGUUUCCCGUCGCCCUCCCUUUUCCCGUCGCCCUCCCGUUUCCCGUCGCCCUCGCGUUUCCCGUCGCCCUCCCGUUUCCCGUCGCCCUCCCGUUUCCCGUCGCCCUCCCUUCUUCCGUCGCCCUCCCUUUUCUCGUCGCCCUCGCGUUUCCCGUCGCCCUCCCGUUUCCCGUCGCCCUCGCGUUUCCCGUCGCCCUCCCGUUUCCCGUCGCCCUCCCGUUUCCCGUCGCCCCCCUUCUUCCGUCGCCCUCCCGUUUCCUACGCCCUCCCUUCCCGUCGCCCUCCCUCUUUCUCUUCAUUCGCGUCACCUUGCCCAUCAUAAUUUCCCCCCUAGUGCUUUCGCCAAAUCGCCCACCCGUCUCCCUUUCCGUCGCGCGUCACGUCGCCAUCUCGUCGCCCGUCCCGUCGCCCUCUUCGUCGCCCUCUCUCCCCUCCUCUCCUCCCGUCGGCCUCUCUCUCGCCCCUCCCUACCGAUCGCCCUCCCGUCGCUCGCCCCGUCGCGCUCUCUCUCUCCGCUCCCUUCCCGUCGCCCUCUCUCUCGCCCCUCCCUUCCCGUCGCGCUCUCUCUCUCCGCGCCCUUCCCGUCGCCCUCUCUCUCGCCCCUCCCUUCCCAUCGCUCUCUCUCUCUCCGCUCCGCCCUCUCUCUCGCUCCUCCUUCGAAUCGCGCUCUCUCUCCGCUCCCUUCCCGUCGGCCUCUCUCUCCGCUCCCUUCCCGUCGCGCUCUCUCUCUCCGCUCCCUUCCCCUCGCCCUCUCUCUCGCCCCUCCCUUCCCGUCGCGCUCUCUCUCUCCGCUCCCUUCCCGUCGCCCUCUCUCUCGUCCCUCCCUUCCCGUCGCGCUCUCUCUCUCCGCUCCCUUCCCAUCGCCCUCUCUUUUGCCCCUCCCUUCCCGUCGCGAUCUCUCUCUCCGCUCCCUUCCCGUCGCCCUCUCUCUCGCCCCUCCUACCCGUCGCGCUCUCUCUCUCCGCGCCCUUCCCGUCGCCCUCUCUCUCGCCCCUCCCUUCCCAUCGCGUUCUCUCUCUCCGCUCCGCCCUCUCUCUCGCUCCUCCCUUCGAAUCGCGCUCUCUCUCCGCUCCCUUCCCGUCGCGCUCUCUCUCUCCGCUCCCUUCCCAUUGCCCUCUCUCUUUCUGCUCCCUUCCCAUCCUCCCUUCUCGCUCGCCUCGAAUAGCCCUCCCGGCGACCUUCGACUCUCCCAUCACGUAUGCCCUCCUUUCUCCGUCGCCUCUCUCGUUCUCCCUCUGCUAUCGCGUCAGCGUGACCCAUUCCGUACUCUGUUAUUGUGUUUGGUUUGUUUGUUUUUUCUGUCUUUCCAUCUAUUCUCGACACCCUCUCUCCCGCCGCCUAUCCUCUCUCCCGUCGCCUAUCUUUUCUCUCGUCGCCCUCCCGUUUCCCGUCGCCCUCCCGUUUCCUGCCCCCCUCCCGUUUCCCGUCGCCCUCCCUUUUCCCGUCGCCCUCCCGUUUCCCGUCGCCCUCGCGUUUCCCGUCGCCCUCCCGUUUCCCGUCGCCCUCCCGUUUCCCGUCGCCCUCCCUUCUUCCGUCGCCCUCCCUUUUCUCGUCGCCCUCGCGUUUCCCGUCGCCCUCCCGUUUCCCGUCGCCCUCGCGUUUCCCGUCGCCCUCCCGUUUCCCGUCGCCCUCCCGUUUCCCGUCGCCCCCCUUCUUCCGUCGCCCUCCCGCCUCAAGUCCAAGGCAGCACAUUGA